GAGGAGCGUCGUGUUGUUUAUGUUGGUAAAAUUCGGGAAACGAUGACCCAAAAAGAACUCAGGGAGCGAUUCUCUUAUUUUGGUGAAAUUGAGGAGUGYACCCUUCACUUCAGAGACCACGGGGAUAACUACGGGUUUGUGACAUUUUACGACACCAAGGAUGCUUUUACAGCCAUAGAGAAUGGAAGUAAGCUGCGCAAACCUGAUGAGCUGCCCUUUGAUCUGUGUUUUGGUGGAAGGAGACAGUUCUGUCAGUCCAGCUAUUCUGACCUGGAUUCCAACAGAGAGUACGAUUCAUUGCCUGCUAAAGGCAAAUUUCAUGCACUAGACUUCGACACUUUACUGAAGCAGGCUCAGCAGAAUUUAAAAAGGUAACAGGAGAUCUGCACCAGGAAGGCGCUGACGUUUACCUCAAAGUCAAUGGCUUGCUCAGCACCCGCAACACUGUCUUUGUUUUGGUUGUUGCAUUGUUUUGUUUCUGCAAGUUAACACCUUCUAUUGAAGUGAAAAUUUAUAAGAAAAGGUAGGAAAAGAAGUGAAUAAAAAAAUUUAAGAUUUU